AUGGGUCCGGUGGAGAAGUGCCUGAAGGACUCUGGCAUCGACAAGAAGAGUGUGCACGAUGUGGUGCUGGUCGGUGGCUCCACGCGCAUUCCCAAGGUGCAGUCAAUGAUCCAGGAGUUCUUCAAUGGCAAGGAGCCAAACAGGUCCAUCAAUCCUGACGAGGCCGUGGCCUAUGGUGCCGCAGUGCAGGCUGCCAUUCUGACGGGCGAGGGUUCGUCCCAGGUGCAGGACCUUCUGCUGCUGGAUGUGACUCCUUUGUCCAUGGGUCUGGAGACCGCCGGUGGCGUCAUGACCAAGCUCAUCGAGCGAAACACAACCAUUCCGACGAAGAAGGCACAGACCUUCACCACCUAUGCCGACAACCAGCCGGGUGUGUUGAUCCAGGUCUUCGAGGGCGAGCGUGCCAUGACGAAGGACAACAACUUGCUCGGCAAGUUCCACCUGGACGGCAUCCCGCCAGCCCCCCGCGGUGUUCCUCAGAUCGAGGUGACAUAUGACAUCGAUGCCAACGGCAUUCUGAACGUCAGCGCUUCGGACAAGUCUACUGGCAAGUCCAACCAGAUCACGAUCACAAACGAGAAGGGCCGUCUGUCGCAGUCCGAGAUCGAUCGCAUGGUGCAGGAAGCA